UUAAAAGUCUCCACCCGUGGAAGACCCUCCUCUAGCCAGUAGCCAUUUCAUACUCCAAGAUUUCCCGCUCGGCCGCUCCGUGCAUGGCUUCAUCCUCCAUUUCUCUGCAAAAUUUCGACGACGACGAUGGGUUUGACUGGGAAGCUGCUGUGAGGGAGAUCGACGUGGCUUGUGAGGCCACAGCGGCUGCUGUCUCCGUCAACGAGACUUUGUCUUCUUCUUCCCAUGGCGUUUCGACAUCCGCCCCAAUCAAGAAAACGCUUACAAAACCCAAUGGUGGCGCUCCUGCUUCUGCCAGGCAGUCGACGCUGGAUAAAUUUCUGGAAUUUUCCCCUAAGGCUAAGAAUGCGGAGCCCAGUCCCCACUGUUCCAACCCUUUUGGAAUUCUAAAUGAGAAAGAUUUUGAUAAUGAGGGUGAUGAAAGGGUUUGCUUUGUUCCACUCGAUUUAGAGGCCGCCAAGACUUGGAUUUAUCCAGCAAACCUUCCCCGUCGGGAUUAUCAAUUCGAAAUUACGAGGACCGCACUAUUUUCCAAUACCUUGGUGGCACUACCUACUGGACUCGGAAAAACAUUCAUUGCUGCUGUUGUAAUGUACAAUUAUUUCAGGUGGUUUCCAGAAGGAAAAAUUGUUUUUGCAGCUCCGUCUAAGCCACUUGUUAUGCAACAAAUUGAAGCAUGCCAUAACAUUGUAGAUAUACCGCAGGAGUAUGCUAUUGAUCUUACAGGUCAAACCAGUCCCACUAGAAGAAAAAGCUUUUGGAAAGAAAAACGAGUUUUCUUUGUUACUCCGCAAGUGCUGGAGAGGGACAUCCUUUCUGGUAUAUGCAUGGUGAAACAUCUAGUUUGCUUGGUGAUUGAUGAGGCUCAUCGUGCUACUGGGAAUUACUCUUAUUGUGUAGUGGUUCGUGAGUUGAUGGCUGUUCCUGUACAACUCAGAAUUCUGGCUUUAAGUGCAACACCAGGAUCUAAACAGCAGGAUGUCCAGCAUAUUAUUGAUAAUUUACAAAUAAGUACACUAGAAUAUCGUGAUGAAAAUGACCGAGAUGUGCUCCCUCAUGUGCAUGACCGGAAGAUAGAACAUGUAAAGGUUGCCAUGGGACAAGAUGCUGAUGAAAUCAAUAAUCUGCUGUCAGAUGUAAUAAGGCCAUUUGCUGGACGGCUUUCUGCGUUUGGAUUACUUCAGAAUAGAGAUUUUCAGAGAUUCAACCCAUGUGACAUACUUGAUGCACGGGCCAGAUUUCGUAGAGAUCCACCAAAGGACAUUCCUCAAGUAAAGUAUGGAGAUGUGGAAGGAUACUUUGGAGUCCUUUUGACACUUUAUCAUGUUCGGAAGCUACUCUCGAGCCAUGGAAUAAGGCCUGCAUUUGAGAUGCUUGAUGAAAAGCUGCGACAGGGGCAGUUUGCUCGACUAGUGAGUAGAAACGAAGAUCUUUUGAAAGCAAAACUUCUAAUGCAGAAAACUGUAGAUCACGGAGCUUCUAAUCCAAAACUGUCAAAAAUGCUGGAAAUACUAAUUGAUCAUUUCAAAAUGAAUGAUCCCCAAAAUUCAAGGGUUAUCAUUUUUUCAAAUUUCAGAGGAAGCGUAAGGGACAUUAUGGACGCAAUUACAAACAUUGGACCAUCCAUAAAAGCAACUGAAUUCGUAGGGCAAAACUCAGGAAAAACAUUAAAGGGCCAGUCACAAAAAGUUCAACAGGCUGUUCUUGAGAAAUUUCGAGCUGGUGGGUAUAAUGUCAUUGUUGCAACAUCAAUUGGAGAAGAAGGCCUAGAUAUAAUGGAAGUUGAUCUAGUUAUUUGUUUUGAUUCUAAUCUCUCUCCAUUGAGAAUGACUCAGCGGAUGGGGCGGACAGGGAGAAAACAUGAAGGACGAGUUGUGGUUUUAGCUUGUGAAGGGCCAGAACUCAAAGGAUUUCUGCGAAAACAAGCAACAAACAAGGUGUUAGGAAAACUUAUGGCGAAUGGGGGAACAAAUACAUUUAGGUUUCAUCCCAGCCCUAGGAUGAUUCCACAUGCUCUCAGACCAGAAGUUCAACAUGUUAAGCUUUUGAUCGAAGCAUUUGUUCCUCGUGGAAAGAAGUCAAAAGAUGCCCUCCAUGUUCAGAGUCCUGUACUGCAAAAUGAACUCAGUGACAAAGAAAUCAAUUUGCUCGCAAAAUAUUUCAACAGCAAUGGAGAGAGUUUGUGGAGGCCGUCAUUAAUUGCAUUCCGUCAUUUCCAGGCAUUUCCGUCUAGGGUGCAUAGCGUAUCACAUUCACUUAGAACGGAGAUGCUAAUAGAUGCAAUGCAGCAUUUGGAAGGUUUAUCAUGUUCUGGUGGUAUCAAAGCUUCAAGCCAGGCUGAAACAUCUAGAGAUCUGUGUACGAGAGGUGGAACUGCAGAAGCAUAUGAAAAUGGUGAAGCUGCGGAAACAUAUGAAGAUUUUAAAGCUGCACAACUAUAUGAAAAUGGCGAAGCUGCAGAACCAUAUGAAAAUGGUGAAGAUCCAAAGACGUUCAGCUGUUUGCCGAUAGAGGAUUGUGGGAGAGAAUUAUUAGAAAAUGAUAAGUCUCCUGUUCCCGUGAAAACAAUAGCUGAAGCAAUGAGUUCUGUGAAUGAAUUUACAGGGAGGACUUCCCAUGCUCAUCUGUCUCUAUUCGAAUCAGAGCUUGUGAAGGUUGAUAAUCUAGGAAAUGUCCUAGUCUUAUCGGUCCCACAACUUUCAACCAAAGCAGUUUCUGAGUCUAAACUCGUGGACACUGACGUCUUGCCAUCAAAGCUGUCAACAGAAGAUGCUUGUGACCACUUCAUGAGUCCAGUUGAUCUUAUUCUGGAAAAGAACCAAGGAUUCGAAGGAAAACAUGCUGAUCAUGGAGAGAGAAUGAAGGAGCAUGUUCUGGUGGUAUCCAGAUUACGCAAUGAUGUGGAUGAAUGUCAAGGAGAUGGUUCCCAAUCAGAAAGAGUUCCUGAAAGUCCUUUUUCCCAGGUGGAAUCAAAAGAUAUUAGCGUUGGGGAGCAUCCUGAAGCAAUAAUAACAGAUAGUACAGAUGUGUCACUAAAUGAAGAAUUGAGCUAUGACUCCGAAGAUGUGGAGGCACAUAGUCCACGGCUAACCAAUUUUAUCAAGAGUGGUGUUGUUCCAGAAUCUCCCAUGUGCAGUCCAGAGAGAGAUAAGGAUGAAGGAAAUAAGCUGAGUUCUGAAAGCAUAAUGGGGCCCUUGAAACAGGAUAAACAGGCUGUCCAUUGUAGUACUGGUGGGGAAGAAAGUCUUCCUUCACACAUUGUUAAAACUAUAACUCCUUUACAAAAAGAGGUUGGAGCAAGAGCUCCCACGUCUUCCCAUUCAAUCAUUAUUUGUGGUAAUCGAACUCCUUUGGCAAAGCUGUCAAGCCCAACCUGCAGCAAAGACUGGCUUUUGGAAUCUCAACACUUGCCAGAAAGAGUUUGUGAAAAGAACAAACUUAGAAGGCUACGCAAGCUAGGUGAUGUUUUUACAAAAACUUCUCCAGAGUGCGCAAGACAAAAUAAUGUGUCUCCCAAAAAACUGGCUAGCUCUUGUUUUACAGCCAACAGGGUUGUAUCCAGGAGGAAACACAGAGGUAACAUGAAACAAGCAACAGAUGCCAAGGCAUUCAUAGAAGUGGAAGCCGAGGUUUCUUCAGAUGGCUUGGUAUCUGAUGAUGAGGAAGAGGAGUACUGUAACUCAUAUGAUGAUAGUUUCAUUGAUGACCGGUUAAGUCUUACUGCAGUAGACACGCAAGCUGACUCUUGUAGAAUGGACAUGAUGGCAGUUUACAGGCGAUCUUUACUGACUCAAUCACCCGUGGAGCUGUUGCCGAAAGCUUCCAGUUUUCAUAGUCCAGAUAAUGCUGUUCCAAGGAGUGUGACAAAUUUAACUUCAAGCUCAUCGGGAACAAUGAAUCACCGAACACCCCAAACAGGCUUAGAGUCUACAAGUCGAAGUUCAGAAGCCAUGCCAUAUGGAACUGCUGCAUGUUCGCUGGGAGAGAAAGAGAGCAACGUUGGGAGCCGAAAACGAAAAUUUAGCUUUAGUGAAACUAGUCCACUACCUGCGCGGAAUUUGGAGGGUGAUUUCGGGAUGCAUCAUGGAGCAGGAGGCAGAAACUCAGCCCUGCCGCCGGUGCAAGAGCACAGUGAAAAAGAAAAUAUGGAUUUAUUUGAUGAUGAUGAUUUUCUUAACGGUAUUGAUCUUGAUGCGGUUGAACAAGAGGCUGCCAAAAUACUUCAGCUUAAAUCACAAAACUCAGUUCACAAUCAACCCACUUCAAUAUCCAUUCCUCAAAACAUUGGCAUUAGUGAUUUUCCUUCCUUUGAUCUUGGUUUUUAAAUUUUGACUACAAUUAUCUUACCAGUAGAGCAGCAGUUUCUAUACACCCCUCUUGUACAUAACUUAUUCUAUAAGUCAACAUGUAACAUCAAUUGUACAGAAAUGAAAGUUUUGGAUGUGUCUUUUAUCGC